CAGUCCCGCCGCGGGCCGCAGGGUGGUGCUCCCGGCCAAGGCGGCGCCGAGCGGCUGCGGGCGGGGAGGCGGCCCAGCCCAGCCCGCCGCUACCCAGCCCAGCCCAGCCCAGCCGAACCGAGCCGGGCAACGGCGGCGAGCGGCGGCGAGCGGUGCCCCGUGCCAGCGGCUGCCGGGCCAGGGCGGCCGCGCUCCGUGCCGCCAUCCGGAGUCGGCGAGAGGGAGGCCGCCCGACCGCCGCCCCGCCGCGCUGCUGCCGGGCGCCGCUCUCCGCGGAGGAGUGCGCGGGCGAUCCGCGAGACGGAGGCUGUCCGCCGGCCCGAGAUGGCGAUCGCAAGGCAAGUGCUUUGUCUCUGUGCUUUCCUCUCCCUGCCGCUCGCUCGCUCCGAGCCCAUCCGCUACUCCGUAGCCGAGGAGGCGGCGAGCGGCUCCGUGGUAGCCAACGUGGCGGAGGACGCGGGGCUGUCCCCGGCGCAGCUGGCGGCUCGCGGCGCCCGCCUGGCCUCGGAGGACGGCCGGCAGCACUUUCGCUUAGACCCCGCCACCGGCAGGCUCGUCGUGGCCGAGAGGCUGGACCGGGAGGAGCUGUGCGGCCAGUCCGCUACGUGCACGCUCCCCUUCGAGCUCCUGCUGGCAAACCCGCUGCAGUUCUUUCGGGUGGAGGUGGCCGUGGAGGACAUCAAUGACCAUUACCCCGUUUUCCCAGUGGAAAAAGUCGUUUUUAAGAUCCCGGAAACGAGCAACCCUGGCUCGCGUUUCCCUCUGGAGGGUGCUCGGGACCUGGAUGUUGGCAGCAACAGCAUCCAGGCUUACAGCAUUUCUCCCGAGAACGAGUACUUCAGUGUCUCCUUUGCAAGUCAGAGUGAGGACGACAAAUAUGUUGAACUGGUCUUGGAGAAGGCUCUAGACAGAGAGGAGGAAGGAGAGGUGGUUUUCAGUCUCAUUGCCAUGGAUGGGGGCUCUCCUCCCAGGAGUGGGACCACACACAUCCACAUUGUUAUUCUAGAUGUAAAUGACAACUCUCCUGUCUUCACACAGAAGCUGUAUGUUGGGCAGGUUUUGGAAAAUGCCCCUGUGGGCUCUGUUGUUCUCAGAGUGGUGGCAACUGAUCAGGAUGUGGGAGUUAAUGGGGACAUCACCUAUCAGUUCAGCGAAGCAGUGGGCCAGAGUAGGUCAUCAUUCAUGAUCGACCCUACUAGUGGUGAAAUUAAACUCACGAAGCCUCUGGACUUUGAGGUGGCAGAGAAUCAUGAGCUCAGUGUGCGGGCCACGGAUGGCGGUGGCCUGUCAGCAAUCUGCAAGGUGUUGGUGGAGGUGGUGGAUGUGAAUGACAACGCACCUGAGCUGGUGGUCAACUCCUUCAACAGCCCCCUCCCCGAGAACGCAUUGCCUGGAACAGUGGUUGCCCUCUUUACUGUCAGGGACCGGGAUUCUGGUGCGAAUGGGAAGAUCUCCUGUGCCCUUGAGGACCAGCUAUUGUUCUCCCUGCGUCUGGCCUAUAAGAACUACUAUGAACUGGUGACUGUGAGUAUGCUGGACAGGGAGGAGAUGGCACGGCGCAUCCUCAUUGUCACAGCAGCAGACGCAGGGUCACCUCCUCUCACAACCACCCAGACCUUCACGGUGGACAUCUCCGAUGUCAACGACAAUGCACCUGCCUUCAACCAGACAUCAUACACGAUGUAUGUGCGUGAGAACAAUGUCCCCAUGGUGCUUGUUGGAGCUGUCAGUGCUGCAGAUGUUGAUGUGGGGCCCAAUGCCAAGGUGUCAUAUUUCCUGGCACUGUCCCAUCCCACAGAGCAGCCUCCCUGCUCCUGCAUCUCCGUGAACUCUGAGAAUGGGCACGUGUUUGUGCUGCGGCCUCUGGACUAUGAGCAGGUAAAGCAGAUUGAUGUCUUGGUGAGUGCCUCCGAUGGCGGAUCUCCUCCUCUCAGUGCCAAUGUCACCGUCCACCUUGUUGUGGUGGAUGAGAAUGACAAUGCACCAAUGCUGCUGUACCCAUCACAGGACAGCGGUCCACAAUCCAGCGAGCUAGUGCCUGUAUCAGCUGAGGCAGGGUACCUCAUCACCAAAGUGGUGGCUGUGGAUGCAGACUCGGGACAGAACUCGUGGCUCUCUUACCACCUGCUGAAGGCCACCGAGCCCGGGCUGUUUGUGGUGGGUGCCCAAAGCGGGGAGGUGCGGCUGAAGAGGCCAGUGACAGAGAGGGAUGCUGUGAAGCAGAAGCUCAUUGUUGUGGUGCGAGACAAUGGGAAGCCACCGCUGUCAGCCACUGCUGCACUGAGUGCACUCCUGCUCAAUGACUUCUCAGAAGUGCGCCUACCGCACAGCAGCCUGGCCACGGAGGAUGAGAGUGACUCCCUGACAACCUAUUUAAUCAUUUCCUUGACCUUUGUCUCACUCCUCUUCCUCGCAUCCAUGACAGCCUUCAUCGCUCACAAGGUGUGCAAGAGAAAGGAGCUGAAGGCAGGGCACGUGCUUUAUGGUGCUGGCAACUUGCAGAGCAGCCUGGCUGAUGCAGCCACAGCAGGGACCUUGCCCCAUGGCUAUUGCUAUGAGAUCAGCCUCACAACGGGCUCUGGCAACAGCGAGUUCAAGUUCCUGAAGCCCAUCCUCCCCAGCCUGCCACCACAGCAGUGCACCAUGGUUGGGGGCACCCACGAUGAACAGGAUUUCCCCUGUGGCCCCAUUACUGUAGAGGACAUGGCACCAGAGAACCCCGGGACCGUCUCUGCAGAACAGUUCAACAGUCUUUCCUUUAACUAGCAUGGAGUCAGCACAUACAGAGGCUUCAUUCAUGCCUCACGAUAGGAAGGGAUCCCUGUUACAGCAUGUGGCAAUGGUUCCUCCCAGGUUAAUCUGCAUUUGCAAUUGGUGUCAGUGAUUUCUGCCAAAUUCUAUGUCAGAAGAAAUUUUGUCUCCCCCUCCAAACAAACAAACAAGCAAACAAAGAAACAAAAGGACCUCAAGCCUCCUUCACCCAGGAAAUAAUAUUCUUCAGCUGUGAAAUGCUUCGCGAGUGGGGUUAGGUCCAGGGUCACCAGUCAAGUUCUUGUCUCACUUGCUGUUAGGCAAGCUCCUGGCCCUCUUAUUCUGUGCUGUAACGCAAUGGCAAAGUCAGGCAGACAAAUCCCAUUGUCCUGGUUUCAGGUGGGAUAGAGUUAAUUUUCUUCCUAGUAGCUGGUAGCCUAGUAGCUGUGUUUUGGAUUUAGCAUGAGAAUAAUGUUGAUAACACACUGAUGCUUUAGUGGUUGCUAAAUCAAGCUUGCACUGAGUCAAGGACUUUUCAGCUUCUCAUGCCCUGCCAGUGAGGAGGCUGGAGGUGCAUAAGGAGUUGUGAGGGGACAGAGCCAGGACAGCUGACCCAACCUGGCCAAAGGGAUAAUUCAUAGCAUAUGACAUCAUGCUCAGCAUAUAAAGUGGUGGGAAGUGGCCGGGCAUCUGAGAAUGCUACUCAGGAAGAGACUGGGCAUCAGUCCUUUGAUAGUGAGCAGUUGUUUUUCAUUUGUGUCACUUGUCUUUUCUUGGGUUUUAGUUAUCUUUUGGUUGUUGUUGUUAUUUUCCUUUAAUUAUUAUUAGCAUUAGUUUUUGUAUUAGUAUUGGUAUUUUAAUUUUUUAUUUCAAUUCUUAAACUGUUUUCAUAUUAACACAAGAGUUUUUUCACUUUUACUCUUCCAAUUCUAUCCCCCUUCGCACUGUGGGUGGAAGGGAGGGGCAGUGAGUGAAUGGCUGUGUGGUGCUGUGCUUAGCUGCUGACUGCGGUUACACCACGACACACACACUCACUGAAAUGCAUGCAGUUGUCCACCCGGGUCAGAAAAGCAAGGAAGUUGUGAGUACUGUGUUACUGUGUGGUGCAAGCAAGGGACUCUUUCUUCUUGGGGUGCUGGGUGGCUCUGUCUGACAUGUGUGGGCUCUGUCUGUUUUUCCGUCUGGUCUCAAUGUCUGUCUGGACAGCCGUUGUGUGCCUGCCUAUGCUGCAAUAGUGCUUCCCAGUGAAGCAGGGAGUUGCUGCCAUCCAGACGCUCUGAUCAGGCAAGAAGGGUAUUUUCAACCAUCACCCACAGAUCCCUUUCUGCAGGGCUGCUCUCCAGCCACUCCUCUCCCAAUGUAUACGUAUACACAGUACUACUCUAUCCCAGGUGCAGAAUCUGGCCUUUGGACUUCUUAAGUGUCAUGCCGUUGAUGAUUGCACAAUGCUCCAAUCCAUCUAGAUCCCUCUGCAAGGCCUCUUUUUCCUUCAGAGAGGGAGCAGCACCUUUCUCUUUGGUAUCAUCAGCAAAGUUGCUAAUGGUACCUUCAACUCCUGCACCCAGAUCACUGAAAAUAGUAUUGAACAGGACUGGCCCUAGAAUUGAACCCUGAGGAACACCGCUGGUGACAUGUCACCUGCCAGACGUUGCUCCCCUAUGCACUG